ACAGUGCAAUUAGGGAGAUGAAUGAUAUAAUUUCAUAUGCUGGCAAUGUGGAGUUGUAUGUAGACCAUGACAUCAAUAUACCUGAGAUUGUUGAGGGUCCACCAUUGCUCACAGGACCAGUAGGUAAUGAUAAGGAAGUGUUAGAUGCUGAAGAUGAUGAGGGUGACAAUAGUAGUAGGGAUAUUUCUGUGCAUGGGGAUGAGGGUAAUUUAGGAAGUGAAAAAAGUAGUGAUGAUGUGUCAGUUAUUGACUGGGAGACAAGUUCAGAUGAUAGUGCAUGGUCAUUGGGGAGUGACAACACUAAUGAUGAGCAAGUCAGUAUUGCUGAGUUGACAAAUGAGGUUAGGAAGAGAAGGAGAAAUGCUAGAAUAAGCAGUAGAAACAAGGCAAAGGUGCAUACUGCAACUAGGAAUGAGCAAGAAAAUGAGCAAGAAGAUGAUCAUGUUGAAGAACUGGAAGCUACUGUGACAGAUGCUGCUGGUAUAGAAGAAACUGCAAGGGAAACGUGCAGUAAAGGUAGAAAAAAGAAAACUGUUGCUCAGCAUAAAGUGAGACAAGGUGGUGGAGAUAGGGUGAGAAGAGGUGAUCCAAUUGACAGCACGCAGCAACUACCUGUCAGUGAUGACAAUGGCUCCUCUACAGAUGAAGAAGACAGGGAGUCUAAUUAUGCAGACAGUGAUGAUCCUGGUGCUUGGGAAUUUCAUUGGAAUUCAGAUGAUGAGGAUGACAUCCUUGUGCAACCAGAACCAGAUCAUGUUGUUAGCAGAAAUGUCUACUAUAACCCAAAAUGGAAGGUCCCAUAUUUUGAUAUUGGGAUGAGAUUCAAAGAUGCAAAGCAAUUUAGAUUGGCAGUUUGUAAAUACUCCAUACAAAAGCAAGCUCAACUGCGAAAGGUCAGGAAUGAACGUACUAGGGUGAGGUUCAGAUGCCAAACAGGGUGCAAAUGGGAGUUGUUUGCCUCUUAUGACCCAAACUAUGAGUGUUUUGCGGUCAAGACAUACUAUAGUGAGCAUAGAUGCUUCAAAUCUUAUGACAAUGAGCUUGUAACUUACAAAGUUGUAGCAGAUAUUUUUAAAGGAAGGAUUUAUGAAGCACCAUUUACAAAGCCAUCCGAGAUUGUUAAGUGGUGCAAGGCUGAAAUUAAAGUGAACAUCACACUUGACAAGGCAGAAAAGGCAAAGAAGCAUGUUAUGACACAACUGGAAGGUAGCUAUGUUGAUGAAUACAAAUACUUGAAGAGCUAUGCCAAAGUAUUGAGGGAGAGCCAUCCAGAGAAUACUGUUGUUGUCACUGCCACUGAAACAAGUUCUAGUGAAACUAGAACUUUCCAUAGAAUGUAUAUUUGUCUGCAUUCCCUAAAACAAGGUUGGAAGGAUGGGUGUAGAAGGUUCUUUGGUGUUGAUGGCUGUUUCUUGAAGGGAAUAUGCAAGGGAAUUAUGCUAUCUGCGGUUGGGAAGGAUGGGAACAACCAGAUGUUUCCAAUUGCCUGGGCAGUAGUGGAGUCUGAAUGUCUUGAGUCAUGGCAGUGGUUCUUUGAAUUACUGAAAACUGAUUUAGAUCUUGGCAGUGGUGCAGGCCUAACAGUUAUGUCAGAUGAACAUCAGUUCAUAUUACCCGAGGCUGAGCAUAGGCAUUGUGCAAGACAUAUUUAUUGCAAUUGGGCAAAGUUGGGUCAUAGAGGUGAUGAGAUGAAGAUCUGCUUCUGGAAUUGUGCAAAGGCAACAUUUGGGGAUGAUUUCAUUGAUAGGUUAGGUGAAUUGUUUGCAAAGAAUAGGCAAGGACAUGAUGACUUGUUACAGUACCCUAGAGAGCAUUGGUGCAAAGCAUUUAUCCAGGAUAAUUGUAAAUGUGAUUCAAUUGACAACAAUAUUUGUGAAACUUUCAACUCUUGGAUACUAGGGGCAAGGUGUAAGGCAAUAAUUGCAAUGAAUGAUGAAAUUAGGGAUCAGUUGAUGCUUAGGAUAGCAGAUAAAAGGCUGUUUGCAGAAAAAUGGCCUGAAGGUGAUGACAUUGCUCCUAGAAUCAGAAAAAAGGUUGAGGAACUGAAGGCAGAGUCACAGGGAUGUAGUGUGCAGCCAAAUGGGGUUAAUGAGUUUGAGGUUAAUGAUGGUGGGGAUCAGCAUGUUGUCAAAUUUAAUGACAACACUUGCACAUGUAGAUACUGGCAACUCUCGGGGGUUCCUUGCCCUCAUGCUUUGGCUUGCAUAAGGUACAAAAGGUGGAGCGUAGAUGAUUACAUUUCAGAUUUUUAUAAGAAAGAAAAAUUUUUGGCUGCCUAUGCAUACCCUCUUCAAUGCAUAAGGAAGGGGACAAAAGCAUGGAAGGCUGUGGGUGAAGAAGAGUUGUUACCACCACCUGUUAAGAGCAUGCCAGGGAGGCCAAGGAAAAAAAGAAGAAGACAUAAAGGUGAACCACAAAAGAUCAGGAGAGGGAAGCUUAGGAAGCUUACUGGAAGAGGGAGAAAAAUGACAUGCAAGGUGUGUGGCAGUGAAGGGCACAAUCGGAGAACAUGCCCAUCUAACAAUGCAAAAGGCAAAAAUGAGAGUGCAGGAGUGAAAAUCACUGGUGAAAAGAAGAGAAAGAAACAGGGAGGUGAAGGCGCCUCAACCUCAGGGAGGUGAAGGCGCCUCAACCUCAGUGCAUUCUGUAACGGUGCCGUGACGGCGCGUUAAAAUGUUGGGUUUUUCACGGGUUUUGAAAACUUGAGGGUGUGAAUAGGGAGGAAAAUAUUUGGAAGGUGUUGACCGUGGAAAACAAUUAAGUGUAGGGUACAAAUAGGGGCUUUGGCCUUUAAAAUAAAGGUUAAUAAGAAUA